AUGGAAGGCAAUAAUUCCAACUCUCCUUUCUAUAAUCAUGGGAAUAACUCCACAUCAUCGACAUUACAAUUUACACCGGGAACGAAUACCACUUCUCAGAUAUCAAGUGUGGGAUUUAAUAAUUUAAAAAAAGUUGGUACUAACUCCUCGCAAGUAUCUACUUCUAGUACUGCUACAAAUAGAAACAAUCCAAUAACAAGACUAUUUACCAAGAACAGAUCAAAUUCUACUGUUAACCCACAACUGAUACAAUUCGAUGAUGGAAUGAAUGAACUUAAUAAUAGUGAUGAAGACGAUACUUCGACAGCAUCGACAACCGACCCCAGGAAACCUUCUGGGAGUGGAAUGUUUAAAUUUUCGAAGAAAAAUAAACUCAAGUUUUCUAGUAAGACUAACUCCAGCAAGCCUGAUUUAACAAUCCAAACCGGGGGACAUCAUGCAUUAAAGGUACCCAAGAAAAUCUUGAGUUCUUCUCUGUUGGAUGAUGCCUCGAGUCCAACAGGACACGCGUUAAAGGUCCCUAAGAAAAUAUUAAACCCUUCCCAUAUGGAUGAAUCGCCAAACUCAAAUAGCAAGAGAAAGAAUUCUGUUACUUCACCUGCAUCUACAUUUCACAAUUUCUUUCAUCGAGCACAUAAUAAUUCACAACCAAGCAAAGAUUUGCAACAUAUUAUAUCUAAAGAUGAUUUGAUAUCACUGCAGCAAACGAUUAAUAACAAUCCAAAUAGAACUGCGAUGAGUCUUUCAUCUAAUAACUCAAAUUCUUUCAUUACGGAUAUUAAUUUCGCUUUGGUGUAUAAUUUCACCGAUCCAGAUUAUUCAGUAGAAGAGUAUGAAAACUCCAAUGAACAUACAUCAUUUCUUGAUAUUCAUAAAAAGUUGAUGGUUCCCACGGACCAAUAUUUACUGAAUAAGUUACAUAAGCACCAAGCACAAGAGGUUGGGUUAGGGAUAAUAAGUGAUACUGAUGGAGAUAGUGAAUAUUUGAAUAAGUACUUACUCGAUUUCGGUAAGAAUAAUGUUACAUUCUUCAACAAUCUUAUAAGUAUAAUGAAACCAUUGUUUCAGCCAUCACAACAGAAAAGAUUGAAUAAUAAGAUUAUUCAUCCAUACUUAGGGAUGACAUUGGAAGAUAUUUCGAAUUACAUCAAGGAUAAUUAUUUGGCUGAAUCCUCAAAUACCCCUUCAGCUGAGUCGCAUUUCCUAGAAAGGACUCCAGGGAGUAAAUUAUCAAAAUCAAGGUCUAAGACUAAGUUUUACACAUCAAGUUCUACUAGCACUUUGUCGUUAGGAGAAAAUUCUAACGAUAUUUUCGAUGAUUUCAAAAUCAGAGAAAUAUCCCAGGAUUUACUAACCUUCUUUAUCAAGUGUAUGAUCACCUUUGAUAAGGAUUUUGCAAUUUUUGAGAAUAAAAUAAAGACUAAAAACUCCGUUCAAAAAGCCAACACGGGUCUGCCGUCACAUUCAGUUGAACACAAUAAUGAGUGGAACAGAAUCAGUGAACAAUGGACAUAUUUCAACGAAAGAAUACGAUACUAUGUUAUGGGUAUAUUUCAUCCUCUUCAAAAGCAUUUACAUGAUAUUGCAAUACAAAAAUUUAAUAGUGACCCCAAAAGCGUUGUUGAGGUAGAAAUUGAAAAUAUUCUACUAUUAGCAUUUAGAGACGUUAUAGUCAUCCCAUUUUUGAUACGAAGGAACCAAGAAUACCAUCGUUUAUCUUCAAUGGGACAAAAAAUUACACCUGAGGCAAAUGAUUUUGGAUCACCAUCACCGAUGCCAUCUUAUACUUUUCUGUUAGAAACAGUCGAUGGUACAGAAGAAAUUCUUAAGUCACAAGAGGAAGAUGCAUUAAAGUCCAAUGCGACAUUACUUAAAAGUCUAGUUAAUUGUUUUGGUGUAUUAGUUGCCCACACACAUGGUGAAAUAGGGAACUCUGAUGGAGAACAGCACACCAGAAACAAUAUUUUUUCAGAUACCUUCAUCUGGCUAACAAACCUAGCCUAG